AGAAAGUCUUCAAGAAGCAUUUUAUUCAAAGGCUCACUAGUUUUGCGGUCGCUAUAGCAACAACGUGGUGGCAAUUACAAACCUUCCUAAUGAAUGAAAGUGUUGAAGAUUUAUUCAGGACCAUCAGGACACACGAUUAUGGGUAGACUAAACAUAUCGGAAGAUUUAUUUCAAAUCACAAAGCCAACCGUUGAGACAGUUCUAAUAUGGCUAGUUCCGUUCGUUGUCCUCGGAGUUCUUAUCGUCAUGUCCAAUAUUUUGACUAUCAUAACCUUGGUUGUCAACAGACAUCUUCGUCGUCGUAGUGUGUACUGCCUGAUUAACUUAGCAGUGGCUGAUGCAUUGUAUGAUGCUGUUUUAACUUCUUAUUCUUGGUGUGUAUUGGGAGAAACAUUCUUUGAUUUUGAAAUAGACUUCAAGACCCAAGGCAUGUUUAUUCCCUCUCUCAUAGCAAUAAUGGUGUCUCUAUUUUCACUGGUUCUUGUCUCUCUUGAGCGACUCUAUGCAACAUUUUUUCCUUUUCGUCACCGAACAGCAACACCUAGUACAUACACUUUGGCCUUCAUCAUCACGUGGUUGUUAGCGCUUCUUACCUCUCUCUUUUACCAUCUUACUCCCAAAACAAAGUCCAAUAUAACAGUAGGUAUCUAUUGGUUUCUUUUGGCGCUGUCUAUUGCUAUUAUAAUCAUCUCAUACGCUGCCAUAUUCCUGAGGAUAAGAUUGCGAAAUCAGCUUCACCAAGAUCACAACCACCAAUCAUCAAGAACAAUAAAACUCAUGCGCGAACGUCAACUGGCCAUUACUUUAUUCAUAGUUACCCUACUAUCUACCCUAACAUGGGUGCCGUAUAUUGGAAUGCGCAUUUUUUACCCAGUGACCUAUACUUUUUACGACAGGUUGAAAGUACUCCCAAGAGGUUUUUCUGUAAUCUAUGCUUUCCAGUGUUCCAACUCAUUGAUCAAUCCAAUAGUCUAUUUGUUUAGAAUGAGAGAUUUUAGAAAUGCCCUUUUUAGACUGCUAUUCCGAUGUUCGAAAGGUCCUCCUCGGCAUAUAAAUCCUCUUAGUAGUUACACUUUUGUUGUUCCAAGACAGGGUAUCCCCCCUUUAGAGCUAGAAUUAAGUAACUGCGCUUUUGUUGUUCCAAGACAGGCUGCAGGCCCGUCGCCAGGACCUUGAAAAGGGAGGUUCGUUUUUCUGCCAAUCUUAGUUAUACAAGACACUAGUAAAUAUUAAAAACUCUGGCUCGCUUGAUGUUUUCAAAAAAAUAGUAGACGUAUCUUUUU